AUGGAAGACCCAAUCACAAUCGCUGAGGUUGAAGCUCUCGCCCAAAAGCGUCUGCCCAGAGCAGUGUAUGACUACUACGCCUGCGGUGCCGACGACCAGCACGCACUACGGCGCAACGUUGAUAAAUUUUCUGAAAUCACAGUCCUACCCCGGGUUCUCUGUGAUGUGACCACCAUCGACACGAGCACAGAAAUCUUCGGCUGUAGGACCCCCCUUCCAAUCGCCUUCGCACCAAGUGCAAUGCAGAAACUCGCGGGUGGCGAGGGCGAACUACACGUCGCUCGCGCCGCGGCGAAGAUGGCACUCCCGAUGACACUGUCGACACAGUCAACCAUGUCUCUGGAGGAUGUCGCAGAUACCGCAAGAGCCACUGUAGGAGAUGGGGUACCAGCGCCACCGCUCUGGUUUCAGAUGUACAUGACACCAGAUGCGGUGCGGAACGAGAGCCUGAUUCAGAGAGCAGAGGCGGCCGGAUACGAAGCUUUAGUCCUUACCGUCGACACACCAAUCCUGGGUAACCGACUAAACGAGCGCAAAACCCCCCUGGUUCUUCCUCCGCAUUUGCGAUAUGGAAAUUUCGAAACUAAGCGGCCCAACCGGCCGACUCUCAACCGGGAGCUCAUGGAUGCUAGGACCGCGCUGCAGGCAGAUGCUAUUCUGAAGGCCGCGAGAAAGGACAUGCACGAUGCCUCGCUCACGUGGGAUGUUCUGCCAGCUUUGCGGAGGAUGACCCGCCUGAGAAUCAUCAUGAAGGGCAUCAUGGCUCCAACAGAUGCUCGUAAGGCGGUUGAGUAUGGUGCGGAUGCGAUUGUUGUGUCGAACCACGGCGGUCGUCAGCUUGACUGCGUACCGUCGACUAUUGAGGUAUUGCCAUCUAUCUCAGAGGCAGUGCAGGGAAAGAUACCGGUCAUAGUGGAUGGUGGGAUUCGUAGGGGUAGCGAUGUCUUCAAGGCGAUUGCGCUUGGGGCCGAUCUUGUGAUGAUCGGUCGGCCUAUUCUUUGGGGACUGAGUUACAAGGGUCAGGAAGGGGUCGAGACAGUGGUGAAUAUUCUGGAGCGAGAGCUCUACCGCACUAUGGCAUUGGCGGGGGUUACAAAUACUCGGGAUAUCAGAAAUUGCACGCUUUUUAGCAGGUCUGGGAUCUCAUUGGCGAAACUAUAAGCUCUAGACUAUCUGGUUGUUCAGUGAAAAGUCAUCAAGGAUUGGGGUACAGAACUGUUCGAACAUAAGUGAUGUGCUUAGGUCCUGCUGUCACAUCAAGGACACCAGAAGAAUGGCUGAGCUAUCGUAUAAAGAGGUUUCUCUAGUAGACAGACGAUGGGUGGAAUUCUAGGAUUAUAU